AUGAUUGUGAAAGGUGUGCCAACUUCCAAAUACUAUUUGGAUAAAACAAGGGAUGCCUCGACUUGGACUGGUCCUACAGAACAAUUGGCACAAUACAUUGACAAUUCAUCAAACGCUGCAAUUGUACAGCAAACAGAUGCUAUAAAACAGGGUUGCACUAUGCCAGCUGAUAUGCCAAUGGAGACAGCUCUACUGUUAUCCCCAAGUUCCCAACAGUCCAUUCCUGUUGAAAAUAUGGAUACGCUAUUCUCCAACAUUUCAUCAGUUACAAGAGUAUCGGAAAUGGAUUCAACUCUGAAUGUAUCGGAAUUCAAAGAUCCUAUUUACAGUCCAGAAGAAGAAACAACAGAUAUUGGUGAUCUUACAUUUUUAACCGAGCCCUCACCUGAGGAUUAUGUAUCUGAAAGGAAGUUUUUUGUAUUUGAAACUUCUCUAGAUUUUAUUGAUUAA